UCAGUGUCGCGGUCCGUCCGACAUAUUAGUUGUUAAUUAGCGUUAAACCAACACCUGCCGUUGCAGUUAGCGUAGCUGAUGCUAGUCAGGCACUGCUAAUAACUGUUGGCUAACGCUGGUUAACGUUUAGCUGCGAUAUAAUGUUAUUUAAACGGCAUUCUUAGCUUGUCAAGACGUAAAAACCGAAGACAAUGUGAUUAUACAGAGUUUGUUGUCUCGUAUAAUCCUCAUCCCAAUGUAACGUUUGAGACUUUCAGAGUAUCUUUAAGGAUUGCCAUAUGGAUUCUCCUCGGCAAUCGAAGAACCUGAAUCGAGACCCAAAGCGCAGCCAGAAUCAGUCAAGCACUCCUCCUCAGAAAGAUGCCUAUGCCAGGCUUCUCAGUCAGCACUGCAGCAGCAAGUUCAGUCUGUAUCUAGAGCAAUAUGCAAAGGACACAACAUUUCAAAGGGAAGGAAAUGGGCCAAGCACACUGCUCAAAGCCCAGAGUGACAGGCAGAACAUACCACAACGAAAAAGGGACCAAGUGCCCAAUGAUUUCUCUGAUUCGAGUGACUUCUCCCCCUCUUCAAUAAAAAGCAAAGGAGAGGAGAGUUCAUUGUCUUUGUACAUGGAGAAACUAAGUACCCGCAGUGCUCAGCAGGACUGUGAAAGGAAACAGGGUGUGCCUGACAGACAGCGGUGGGGACAGAGAAGAGACACCGCCACCAGCCACGAUGGAGACGUCGAGUCUGGCGAAGAACUCGGCUCUUUAAAACACAAUGACUCGAAGAAACCCCAGAAGCAGCAGAAGAAAAUCAAGGACUCUAACAGAGAUGUCACCUCAAAAGAGACUGACUCAUUCGUUGCUUGUCCCCAGUCCCCAAAGAAAGCCAGUACAGGUGAACAGGAGCAAGAGAAGAUGAAGAAGUCAAAGAAGAAAACCAACACAAGGCAACCAGAAGAGGAUAAAAGCAGAGAGGGGGCAGUACAUUCUGGGUUUGACACUCAGAUGGCAAGGCCCAAGUCUCCUCAUGGUAAAGACAAGAAACUGCAGCAGCCCAGAGUGUCAAGUGCCAAUUCUCCUGCUGACAAGAGUAGGAACAAAGGAGGCAGAGGAUCAAAGAAACAUGUGUUUGAAUCAUACAUGACCGUUGAGGAGGUUUCUCAUGGCCUUAAAAGAGGGGAACUCAUUCAGGGACAGAUACGAAUCAACCCAAAGAAAUACCACGAAGCUUUCGUCCCAUCUCCUGAUGACACACGAGAUAUAUUUCUGGAUGGGAUUGUGUCUCGCAACAGAGCAUUGAAUGCAGACGUAGUGGUGGUGCAAAUCCUCCCUCGGGAGCAAUGGAAGGUUGUGAGGUCAGAUACUGACUGCGACGGUGCCAGUGAGUCAGAUAGUCAGAAAGAAAACAUGGCGCAGAAGAGGGCGGAGCGCAAGCCCAGGCCUGCUGUUAAAGUGGAAGAUCGGUGUAGCGACCAGGAUGAACUCAUCCGCAAAGUGCAGAAUACCACCCUCACUGACACAGUGGAACCUCUGGAAGACUCCUCAACCGCACGGCCCACUGGGGAAAUACUCCAAAAGACUGCUAAAGUGGUGUACAUUGUUGAGAAGAAACACUCGAGAGCUGUAACGGGCUUCCUGAAAUUCCUACCAGAUAAGCCUUUUGCCAUGUUCUCCCCUGUGGACCACCGGGUGCCACGGAUUAACGUUUUCCUCGCUGACUGUCCUGAAGACUUUAUCUCCCGCCCGGGCGACUACACCAACACCUUGUUCAUAUGUCGGAUCACCAACUGGGCAGCCGACAGCAACUUCGCAGAAGGUCAACUUGCUAAGACACUGGGUCAGGCUGGAGAAAUCGAGCCGGAGACAGAGGGCAUUCUGAUCGAGUACGAGGUUGAUUUUUCUGAGUUCUCAAAUGAGGUGUUGGACUGCCUACCCAAGAACCUGCCCUGGACCAUCCCACCUGAGGAGAUGACGAAGAGGAGGGACCUCAGGAAGGAGUGUAUAUUCACCAUCGACCCUGCUACCGCCAGAGACCUGGACGAUGCACUGUCCUGUAAACAACUCGCCGAUGGUAACUUUGAGGUGGGGGUCCACAUUGCUGACGUGAGUUACUUUGUGGGGGAAGACAACGCUCUGGAUUCUAUUGCCAGCCGAAGAGCAACUAGUGUGUACAUGGUUCAAAAGGUGAUCCCCAUGUUGCCGCGGCUGCUGUGUGAGGAGCUGUGCAGUCUGAAUCCUCUCACUGACAGACUCACUUUCUCUGUCAUUUGGGAAAUCACACCGGAGGGGAAGAUCCUGAGUGAGUGGUUCGGCCGCUCAGUCAUCCGCUCCUGCGUGAAGCUGAGUUACGACCACGCUCAGAGCAUGAUCGAGGCCCCUGAAAAGAUGUUCUCAGCUGAGGAGCUGCCACCUGCGGACCCUCAGCACCCCAUUGAUGAGAUCCACCAGGCUGUGCUCAACCUGCACUCUAUUGCCAAGAACCUCCGAGCUCAACGCUUCUCAGGAGGAGCCCUCAGACUGGACCAGUUGAAACUGUCUUUCACCCUGGACAAAGAGACCAUGAUGCCUCAAGGCUGCUACGUUUACCAGUACAGAGACAGUAACAAGUUGGUGGAGGAGUUCAUGUUACUGGCUAACAUUGCCACAGCCCACCACAUCCACUCCAGAUUCCCUCAGCUGGCCCUGCUCAGACGCCACCCUCCACCCAAGACCAAAAUGGUGGAUGAGCUACAGGAGCUUUGUGACCAGUUGGGAAUCGACAUCGAUCUCUCCUCUGCAGGAGCGUUGCAUAAAAGUCUCAACACUACUCUUGGGGAUGAUGAGUAUACCACUGCCAGAAAAGAAGUCCUCACCCACAUGUGCUCCAGACCCAUGCAGAUGGCGCUGUACUUCUGUACAGGCGUACUUAAGGAGGAGAAUCAGUUUAAGCACUACGCCCUCAACGUUCCUCUCUACACUCACUUCACAUCACCCAUCAGACGCUACGCUGAUAUCGUCGUCCACCGGCUGCUGGCUUCUUCACUGAAGUGUGGGCCUAAGUUGGGGCUGUCCACAGAAGAAGUCCAAAAACAGUCAUCCCACUGUAAUGACAGGAAGACUCUGUCCAAGAGAGUCCAAGAGCUCAGCUCUGAGCUCUUCUUUGGAGUGUUUGUAAAGGACUGUGGCCCUCUGGACUCUGAGGCCAUGGUGAUGGGCGUGCUGGAUCAGUCCUUUGAUGUGCUGGUUCUCCGAUACGGAGUACAGAAACGCAUCUACUGCAAGUCUAUUGCUGGCCUGAGCACAUUCCACCAUCAUAAGGUGGGGAAGAAAUCGGAGCUGACUCUCGUCUGGAUACCGGAGGACCCAGAGAAAGCUCCAGUAGAGCAGGUCAUUUCAAUCUUCACGUUGGUGGAGGUUCAGCUCAAAGCGGAUGGUGCACCCAUGAAAUACAGUGCAGUUCUCAAGAUGCCUGAGGACAACGAAUCAUAAACGCAGCACACAAAAAGUUGCACAUUUUAUUUUGUUGAUUGUUAGAAAAAGUAGUAGUUUAGAAGCAGUGUUACUGUGGUGAGCAGCGGAUCACGGAUCCGGUCAGUCAGAUUUCAAUUGAAAUGAUUUAGUUUAAAAAAGAAUAAGUUAAGUUUCCGUCUUAACCUGAAGGCCCAGUCCAGUUGUGUUUUUAAAUGUUAGCCCACUUACUGGAAAUAACCCUCACAUGCCAACUUCCAAGGUAUAUUAUUUAAGUAGUUGUGAAAGGAACUUUCUUUCUGUCUUUUCUUUGCUUUCUAUUCAUUUUCAGAAUACAUGGAAGGCCACAUGUGUAGACCUGCAACAUGUAACCAUCCCAGGUACAUGAAGGGCAAGUUGGGUUUCAGUCUUCAGAAAUGAACAGAGCUAAUGACCAUCUUGGAAGUAGAAUAAACAAAAUCUACUACGGUAUGCUUUGGAAAAUGGUUGACUGUGACGUGUGCGAUUUAAUGUAUGUGGUUUAAAACAUGUAAACACUAUUUAAUGUAGUUCGGUAGACUGAUUUUAAAUUGAAUUGUGAUCUGACUGAAAGAACCAAGGCAGAAAUGACUUUUUAUGUUGCUGUUGAUUUAGUGACCUUUUUAUGAGGACUGUUUUGAUGUGAUAUAACUGUUGUACACAGUCUGUGUGAAAGCUGAUUUUCAGUUUAAUAUCAUUGACUGUUUCCCGAUAGAUUGAGUUGAGACCCAUAUUUGUGUUUGCAAAGCAAUAGAGUUUAACACACUACUGAAGUUUACUUAUCUUUCUGUCUUUGACCGUCUAUGGUGGCUGUAAUAUAACUUGUUGUGAAGCUACGUGAUGUCAAACAGUAAAACAUGUAGCAGUAAUAUCAAUGUAAAACCUUUCAACUACAUCAGAUCGACGGGUAGAUUAACAUUUGCAUAAAGAGAAAAAUAACAGCGAUCGCAUGCCAUCCAGGACCUUUUACAUUGUUGUAUUUAUAGUGUUUUAUACUGGAAGAGCUUUCAGAUUCUUCUGGGGUGUGAAUGAAGGGUGUCUUCAGGUCUUUCAUGUCACAAUCAUGAGGUACAGCUCAUAGGACUUUUCAUUUGAUUCAAAUUCUUAAAAGGAGGGAUGGAUCUAACAUUGUUCUAAUCUCAUUGUUGUUGUUUUUAAUGCAAAACAUGGGAACGACUUGAAUUGCUGCCUUGAGAUCUUAAUUCUAACUGUUAUUUGUGGGGUCUACUUUUAUGCUUUGAUUUGUGCAGCACAAAUUCUUCAUGGACCUCAUUAAUAUCAAAUGUGAAUUUCAGCCUUAAUUUAAUCGAGCUAAAUUUUAGUGAAGCUGCACAUUUUUAAAUGUUUGGUUGCCUCCCUUUUUGCUUUAACUGAGUCAAUGUGCCUCUCUUUAGUUCUCAAUGCCAUACAGUGUCAUAUAAUCAGCUGCCAUGUCUGCACACUUGUUUUAUUUUUUGGAUUUGAAGUGUCUCUUGUUUGACAGGUUUGUCAAACCUUAGCUCAUGUUUUUAAGUUAUUUUGUUUAAAACAGACUGACAGCUUUGUGACGUGAGCUUAAAUGUAUUUUAAACCAGCAAGUAAAGUGAUGGUGCAAAAACAAAUGUACUGACUUAGUAGGAUGUGUAUCUGUGAUUAGGUUUAAAGUACAAAGUACAAUAUCUGUGUCUUUUGCAAAGUUACAUGUAACUUUGAUUCUGGUCAGUAUUCAAAGUGUAUUUGUACUGUGCUAAACCACCAUACAGAGCAAUAUAUACUGUAGUUGCGCUUGUCUCUAGGGAAAUAAACACGCACAUGAAUGACUCAA